AUGUUGUUCAAAAGUGCCUCCUUGGUGGUGCAGGCUCUGCUCUGCGUACCUACUCUUGCUCUUCUUGAGGAACCAUUUGUGACUUUUGGUUCCCAACCGGGAGCAAUUGCAAUUCACAAUGCUCCCAUUCUGUAUUCACUAGACGACUAUGCUGGCGUGCGGAUUGCAGCAGAAAGUCUCGUAAAUGACCUGCUUCAAAUUACAGGCGCAAAGCCGUCUCUAAUAGCUGUCAAAGAUGGCACUAGUCCGGCUGGCAAUUCCACAGAUACUGCUAUUAUUGUUGGUUCGGUCAAUUCGACACUGAUCCAGCACUUGGGAGGCAACACUACCAAUUCCACAUCGAAUUUCGCACACCUACAGGGAAAAUGGGAGUCUUUCAGCACGAAGAUUCUUAAUAGUCCCCUUCCCGGAAUUCAAAAUGCCCUGGUUAUCGCAGGAAGCGAUAAGAGAGGCACUGUCUUUGGUAUCCAUACUCUCGCAGAACAGUGCGGGCAGUCACCAUUUCACUGGUUCGCGGACGUCCCCGCGAAGAAGCAUUCCGAGAUCUAUGCACUUGACAUCGCGACGACGCACGGCGAACCGUCUGUGAAAUACCGCGGACUCUUCAUCAACGAUGAAGAGCCAGCUACGACACUCUGGUGGGCGCGCCGACACAAUGCAUCACACUACCCAUUAGAUACGGAGUAUUAUCGACAUGUUUUCGACAUGAUGCUGCGACUGAAGGCGAACUACAUUUGGCCGGCAAUGUGGCGGUCAUACACACCACCGCCAGGCCAGAUAUUCUUCACUGAUGAUCCCGGAAAUAUUCAACUCGCCAAUGACUAUGGCAUCGUGGUCUCCACGAGUCAUCACGAGCCGAUGCAAAGAGCGACGAACGAGUGGAACGCGACAGAGACGGGGCCUUGGGACUGGCGCAACAACAAAGCCAACGUGACUAAAUUCAUGGAAGAAGGCGUGCGGCGAGCUGGAAAUAAUGAGAGUUAUUUCACAAUGGGAAUGAGAGGUCCCAACGACGGACCAAUCGUUGGUGACGAUGCUCUCGACAUCCUCAAUGACGUCUUCGAGACCGAACGCAGCAUCUUCAAGGAGGUUUAUGGUUCAGAGACCGCCGUAAACCAGGUAUGGACUCUCUACAAAGAGGUCCAGACGUACUACGCAGCCGGUCUGGUGCCUCCAGACGACGUGACUCUCAUGUUCUCUGACGACAACGCCGGAAACAUGCAACGCCUUCCGACCGGCAACGAGACCUCACGAUCUGGUGGACUUGGUGCUUACUUCCACUUUGAGUACGUUGGCUCGCCCACUUCUUACAAAUGGCAGAAUCACAACAACUUGGCGAAAGUCUACAAGGAACUGUCGCAGGCGAAGAUGCGGGGUGCGGAUCGCAUUUGGAUCAUGAAUGUGGGCGACAUCAAACCAAUGGAACUUCCGUUUUCCUUUUCGAUGGAUCUUGCCUGGAACGCUUCGAGCGUGGACUUCGAUACCAUCCCAUUGUAUCUCGAUAAAUGGGUAGGUCGAGAGUUUGGCGCAGAGUACAGUGAAGUGUUGACACCACUCUUACUGGAAUGGAUGCAUCUGAUAGGUGCACGAAGAUACGAAGCUGUCUCGCCAGCCACGUUCUCGAGACUCUACUAUGGAGAAGCCGAUAGAGUAUUGACGAGAUGGGAAGUUCUCCACGAGGGUGUGAGCGCAUUGCAAGAAAAGAUACCCGAGGAGCUCAAGCCAGCAUACUACCAGCUGAUCUACUAUCCCAUCGUUUCAGGGGCAACAUACUACUACGUACAACUUGGGGUCGGAAGAAACAGACAGUAUGCCCUGGAGAAGCGGAACUCAGCAAACGGCAUCGCAGAUCAGGUUCGAGCAGCCUUCGAAUCGGACUACGAUUUAACUGAAGGGUUUGACAACCUCCUAGGCGGCAAGUGGCGCGGCAUCAUGUCGCAAUCUAAAUAUGACGACCUCGACGGCACCGAGCCGUACGGAACCUUCAGAGACUGGGCCCAAACAUCUCGAGAUAUGCUUGCAAACCUCUCGUACGUCCAGCUGCGACAAGACAUGCAAUACACCCUUGGAAACAUGGGCAUAUACGCCGAGCAAUCAGUCAACGCAGCGAUACAAGGUCGAUGGACCGAGUCCAUCGAUGCAUCGCUUCCCAGCAAGCAAUAUGGAAACCCAGAAAGAGAGUGGACACCAACACUGCCAGUUAUGGAUCCGUACGGACCACCUUCAAGGAAGGUCGAAUUGUUCAUGAGAGGCGAUUACCGCGUUCCUAUCAACUGGACGCUCGGAGAGAUACCCUUCAACUGGAUCCGCAUCACUCCAAGGUCUGGCGUGCUCAACCACCAGCAGUACGACCAAACCCUCAACAUCUCAAUCGACUGGAACCAGGUUCCCAACGGCUACAACUCGACCGUCGCGAUACCAAUCACAGCAUCGCCAUCUCACUACCCCUACCUCGACCACAUCUACAUCCCCAUCCAAAACCAACGCGUUCCCGCAGGCUUCACCGGUUUCCCAGAGACAGAAGGCUCCAUGAUCUCCAUUGAAGCGCCGCACUAUCAAGGCACACAGCCCGCCGCAGGAUCCGAUUCGAACUCCACAGCCCAGACCGUGAACUUCGUCAAGAUACCUCAUCUCGGAAGUCGAACGGAGUCCGGAUCUCUGGCCUUACGUCCCUUCGAUCUAGCCCGCACUACAGACUCCACCACGGCUGCUGCAACAUACAACAUCUACCUCUUCAACGCGUCGACUGCCUUGAACGCAACGGUGUACAUCAACUCCUGCCUCGAUACGGACCCGAACCUCCCGCUCAAGUUCUCGCUCACUCUCGAUGACCAGCCCGCGAACUUUACGCGCGUCCUGGGGUCGCCGAAGAAUGCAGGCGACCUGCCGCCCGAAUGGAUGGGCAGCGUGAUGGACAAUGUGUGGACGAGGAAGGUGGCUUUAGGCGCGGCGGCGGAGGGUGCACAUAAGCUUGUUUGGAGGACGAAUAAUCCGGAAGUGUACUUGGAGAAGAUAGUACUUUGGACACGAGGGCGAGAGGGGGCGAGACUGACGUAUCUUGGUCCCCCGGAGACGAGAUUGGUGCAAGGUCGAGGCGAGGAAUCGUGAUCGUGAUUAUGCUUAUUGUAUUGGUAUUCUAUGAGUGAGUCUUACUCUCGAAGCUACACUGCUACGACGCAGUCUGGCAGAUUUCGUAAAUAAUCCAGUAAUCCUCCUAGCUCGUCUAGAAUCCUACAAUACGUGUGCUGGGUAUCACCACCCGUGUGCAACAAUGCUGCCCUCGAAUAUUGAAAUACAAACGCCACAAGCGUGAAUCA